CAAGGCCCAGAAUAAGAACCUAUGUUUGCAAAACGAUAUUGAGCAAUCUGGACACCCAAUACCCCCUGGUAGGUGACCUAGUUUUAAAACCGAUCCAGUAAAUGACCCAGUUCUGCACCGUUGCUACAACAACCGAUUACAGCGCAUUCAGCGGCUCGAGCUGUCGUCCUGAUUUUAACGCCCCGCCAGCAGGUAUAAACAUAAACAUAAAAGAAUUGGCUGGAGUUCUAUUUGCAGAGGAAAAUAAUAAAGUCCGAGCAUCUGGAAAAUGGCCUCUUCUAGUUGAUCCAUCAGGAAUCUCAGGGACCUUUCUCAAGUACCGGCAUGUCAACUACAUUGAUGCCUUUAACCCCAGUGAAAUGGAACCAGACAGAAUCAGAAUGGCCCUGCUAGGAGCACUGAAGUUUGCCAAAGCCUUAGUUGUGGAUAUGAAUGAAGUGGACAUGUUUGAUACUGUGGUUACAAGAUUUGAAGAAAUACAAAAGGGACUUAUGGAUAAGAUCAUGGACCAAAGUAUCUUAACCAUUGACAAUUACAAGAGCCUCAUGAAGGAUGGUGAUCCACCAGAAUUUGAAGUCGACCCACAUAAGACCUACCUGAUGGAGGAAACCAUGAAGCAGUUCAUGUUCAUCCUCAUUACCAAGAGUCCAGAACCAUCUAUGGAACUAAAGAAGAAAAUGUUUGUAGUAACAAUAGGAUAGAGAGAUCAGACUGGUGCAUUGUGUUUUGCAAAGUCUUCUGAGUGGUGAAAACAGUAUUAUAUUCUAGUUUCUCUUUUUUUUUUUUUUUUUGAUAAUGUUUUAUGAUAUUUAGCAAAUACUUACUCUCUAUUUAAGGUUUAACCUUUAUAUUUGGUAAAUGUUAUGGAGGAAUUGAUAGUUGUAAUGUUAAAUAAUCAAGGUAUUAUUAAGGUUAAUAUCUGUUUUAGAGUAACCAGGUGCAGGGCUGUCCCAUUUACCGGUACUGUUCAACUCUAGUCACUAUGCUCAGGGCUGGAGAGGGGGGGAGGGUUUUGAAAAAAAUCUUUUCUUCUUUAUAAAAUAUUAGGUUUGGGGGAGAUAUUUGAAGAAAAUCUUUUUAUCUUUGCAAUAGUGUUAGAUUUUCCUUUCUCUCAUUCAAUUAGAAGUCUCUUAUUUUCCCUUCAAUCAGCAUCUAGGUGAGCAUCAGAGACUUAUACAUCUACAUAUGAAACCCCCUCCUCCGCAAUCGUUUUUAUCAGUCUAAAGCCCAGAUAUUGUAUUGAAUUAAGGGUGCCAAAAAUAAUGUAAAGAAAUCAAGUGAUAAAGCUGUUUUACAAAUAUUUCAGGUCUUUUACUUUUUUGUUGCUGUUUUGUUUUGUUUUGUUAAAAACCUUAAUAACAAAAGUUUUAAAGGGUAAUUGUUGUAUUUCUAGGCAUCUUUAUUUCUGUGAUCGGCUUUAUAGAAAAUAUUCAUGAAAUCCAUGAAAAGGAAUAUUCCAGAAAGAUUGUGUUGUUACAUGAUGUUAAGAUUACAACAACUUCAAAAAAUGCAAUAUUGUUGAUUUUUAAUUCAUUGUGUGACUUUAUUUAAUUCUAGCACAAAAAAAUGUCAAAAAAAGUUUUCUCUGUGAUGAUGUGUCAGGUUUUUGAUAAUUCACUGAGCUGAAUUUCUUUUAGAUUUAUUGAUAAAUCACAAUUCUGACCUGAAGGAGUUGGUUUCUUCAAUUUUUCAAUUUCCACCUACUCAAAACAUGGAAGAAAAAAAACUUUGCUCAACUUCUUUGUCCUUACACCAUCAAGCCACCAUAAAACUUUUCAAAGGCCAAAAAAGCUCAGCACCUUAAAAAAGUGGAUAAUAGGUCAUGAAGAGGGUAUUUUACCUGUCAUACAACUGAGCCCAAUGUUGAAUGUGAGACCUUGAGGGCAUAUUACAUGUCUCUUUAAUGGCCUGGUAUGGGACCACCUUGAGCCAGAAAAACCAAUGGCAGAACUAGUGUUGUCAGUUAUACUUUUUAAAACUGGAUUGGUGUCAUAGAUGCAUUCCUUCUGUAUUUGUGCAUUAUUCCACAGUAAAUAAUGAAAUAAACAGUUGAUAUAAAUAUUGUAACCUAUGUAAGGUGGGCAGCCAUGCAAGAACAAAAUCCGUCUGAUAUCAUACAUACUUUAUUCAUUUCUACAUUGAACAGUUAGCAUCAUACAGCAAUGUACAGGAAUAACAAUGUGUUUAUUUGUGUAUGCACAAUUAAGGCAGUAACAAUUCUGGGAACAAUAAUGUAUAGAAUAAAGUAUACAUGCCAACCUGAGAUUUCAUACAUACACAGACAAAGAGUAGCAACUUUUCUAUGAGUAUAAUGAUAAUAAUUGUAUUUGUCUCUUAUUAGUGAUUUAUUAAAUAAUACAUUAACAACAGUUUUAUCUAUUUUAUUUAAUACUUAUAUUAAAUAUUUGAUCAGAGCUUAAUCCUUUUCCUCUCACAAACAUUUAUAUUGCAUGACAUGUACGGUAGGUUAGAGAGACUGUACACAUGUAUAUCAUAUACAUGUGUACAGUCUCUCCAACCUACAUAUAAUAUGUACCUGUGUACUGUUUAGUGGUCAAUAAAAUUUAUUACUAUUUACAAUAUUACAAUGCCAUUAUCAAAGACCUAAUCCCACAUGUGAAUUAUUACUCUACUGGGAAUUUUUUUGAAAUUUGAAAAUUCAGUAAAUACUAUGAUGUAAUGGAUGAUUAUGCCAUGGAUUUCCUUAAAUAAUCUCUAUGGAACUAUUCUACCGUUGAAAUAAUGAAGUUGAUUAUUAUAUUAUGGUUACAAUAUUGGACUUUCUGUUGAACCUAUGCUUGAUUAGAAUAUUUUUUGAAUUAAUGGAACUGAACACAAUAAGGGCGUUUGUUGCACUGAACACAAUAAGAGGGUUUCAGUUGAAAGAAUUAACGUGGGGCUUACUUUGCCUGAAAAAUAUAAAAAAUAUCUUAAAGGUACAGGGGUACGUCAUAUCAUUUUCACGACAAUGAAAACAGAUUUUGAUAGCAUUUUGGACACUUUUCCAUCAAUGCAAAAUGGACAUUUCGCCUAAUUUAUUCAUCCAUUCAACACUCCGCAUACAAACACCUAUGCGUAAUUCAGAUUUCACGUAUAACAAUUAGUGUAGUUUGAUGUUUAUCCCAGACGUAAAAUGGUUAUUGUUACCUCCCUAAGGCUAAUUGUGAAAAUAAUUACAGCAGAGCUGUUUUCAAUCUUUAUCAAUUUGAACUUGCAUAUUUCAUAAUCAUUUGUGACCUAUAGAUCAAUUUAAAUUUGCGUAGUCUGUACCCUUGCUUAGAAUAAAUUUCAAUUAAAAUUUGUGAAGUAACUAAGCAAAUGUACUUAUACUCAUCAAAUUUUUCCGUUAUAUUGAACAGUUCUUGGCCAGUGGUUGUAAAACUAGAGGAUCAGAGAGGCGAUACCACCUCCGAAUAUUGUACCACCAGCUGGAGCAAGCGCAUUCGUAUAGA